UAAUUCUUUGAAUGUUUUUGUUUACUACCAAAAGAAACGAGAAAAUAGAAUGAAAAGGUGUCUCAUAUUUCCCCAACCUGCUAUAUAGAAGAAUUAGGAAAACUGUAUUUAUUUACUUCAAUAAAUACGAAAUUUGAAUCAACAAGACCAAAUGGCAACUUAAAUAUCAACAAUACGAAGAACUUAGCGUUGGUAAAUAAUGAUUAACUUUUCAUAAUCACUGGAUUCUGUAUUUGAAUAAACAUUUGCUGAAAAUGUUGUUGCUAGGGUAACAUUCAACGCCAUGGUACAACAUGGCCCACUCUAAAGGGCCGUGAUCCAAUAAGGUGGUAAAAAUAUACGCAGUGAGAAAUGAGUUUCUGUAAUUUAACGGGACAGUUAAGAAGGAAUAUACUACAGUAUAUAUAUGCUGUGCAUUGAAAUGUGUCAAAAUGAGAAAAAAUAGGAAACUGUGUAAAAAAACGCUCGUUUAGAGCUGCGGUCUACGGUUAUAUAAUCUGUAAAUCUUUUUUGUUUACUACAAAAUGUGACUGAGAAAAAAUUAAAACACGUGUCCCAUCUUACCCCCUACCAUACUAUAUGUUUAGCAGCCAUAUUUUAGGUGUUUUAACCCGAAGUAUGGGGUGUACUCAUAGCUCGAACACUGCGCAUGCAGGCGCUGUGCAAAAUAAUCGCGAUGGUAACAUGUCUGAUAACGUGGCGAGCAACGCCAAUCAACAAGGCGCAGUUCAUUUUUACAAACUGGAGCAGGAGCCGAAGAAUAUUUUGAAACGAAUGAGUAGCAACAAAACGCUGCUGAACAACGUGAAACUGGUUGAGGUCGAAGAACCUCUUAUAGAAAAGGAUGAGCCACAGGAAACGCUAAUAAACGGAAAGAUCAUUCGGAUAAAGAAUGAAAUAUACAUCAAAGGAAUAACGUUCGGCCCAGAAAGAGAGGAAAAUGAGAGUACAACUGAACAAUAACCUCUAAAUGCGGAAUUUACAAAAUAAUCUUUUAAGCAAUAAUGUAUUUUUUGGUAAUUAUUCGGCAUUUUACUUAAAAAAUAUCUCGUUUUCUUAAUGUGUGUACUUUGAUUCAUUAUGAUUCUGCCUGUGUUAGGUGUGCAACUCAAAAUUCAUGCCUAUAUGCAAUAUAUUAUGUAAAUAACAUUUGUUGAUUCUAUAAAAGUGAAAUCUAAUAAAACAAAUACUCAAA